AUGCGCAGGCGAAUUGCAACAGAAGUCGCAGGAGCUCUAUCCUAUUUGCACUCUGCAGCAUCAUUUCCCAUUUUUCAUCGAGACAUCAAGCCGACAAACAUACUCUUAGAUGAAAAGUAUAGAGCAAAAGUUGUGAAUUUUGGCACUUCAAGAUCGGUCAAUAUGGACCAAACGCAUUUGACAACUAAAGUACAAGGGACAUUUGGUUACUUGGAUCCAGAAUACUUCCGUUCCAGUCAAUACACUGAGAAGAGCGAUGUUCACAGUUUUGGAGUGGUUCUAAUUGAGUUGUUGACUGGUGAAAAGGCGGCUCAUGUGACAAGUUCGAGAAAAGGAAGAUGUUAG